AUGAAAAAUUUAUUAUUAUUAAAUUCUCCUGAAUCUUAAGAACUCAAAACUAUUGAUUUUGGAAUUGCAGAAAUAUAAUGUUUAAUUAAUCGUGAUCAUAUAUUGGUAAUCUUCAUUAUAUGGCACCUGAAAUAUUAUCAGGUAAAGUUAAUAGAAUUUCUACCUCUCUUGAUAUUUGGGUAUUUGGAAUUAUUCUUUAUAAAAUGCUAUUUAGUAAAGUAUUAUUUAACGGUAAAUCUUAAUAAGAUAUUAUUUGUAAUAUUUUAAUAAAGUACUCGUAUUCUCACCUAAUAAUCUAAGUGA